AUGUCAAAAAAUUUCUUAGAUAUUGCAUCACUCUUUUCUGACAAUCCACAACAUACAUGGUCUAAUGGUAUCCAAUCAUCAAGAAUUGAUCAAAUUUGGAUAUCACCAUCAUUAUCACUUACACCAAUCUCAUUCAAAACAAUUGAUAUUACUCCAUUUUACAAUGCUGAUCAUAAAUUAAUUAUAUGUUCAUUUGAGAUAUCUAACUUAACUUCACAACCAACAACACAUUCCAUAAAAACCAAUACAUGUUCACGACAAAUAUUUAACUAUUCAGCAACUACUUUUGAACAAUGGACAAAGUUUGCAAACAAAAUAGACCUAAUGAUUGAAAAAUCAAAAUUAAAAUUUCUAAUUCAACAGCCCAAAUCUUUGAACAACAUAAAUUCAAUUUGGCAAGAAUUCUCCAAAAUCAUUAUAUCUGCAGCAAAUGAAACCCUCCCUACAAAAAAAGUUUCACCACAUGCUACUCCUCACCGACCAUUAGUCAACACCUCAUUAUUCAAACAACAUUGUAAAAUCACACAUCUCCUUUCUUCAUUACAUUCAUUUAAACAAUCUACUCCAUUGCCAAUAAAAUGGCAUACAACAUUUUGCUCAAUUAAAACCAUUGCUUUCUUACAUAACUACACAUUCCCUAGUUUUAUACUUUUCAACACAGAAGUUCUUGAAAAUAUUAUAAAUUUGACUAAACUUUUGAACAUUCACUUCGACAAAACUGUCUCAUAA